GUUUUAUAGAUCAGAUCGAAUGAGGGCCUAAUUUUACAGCAUAAACCAGUCGAUCUAACAGGGUUUAUGCAUUGAGUGGCGCAUUAGAAAUAGAGCUCUCUGUUCCAUAAUAUGGUAACAACUAUAGCCACACUGAAAUGAGUGUCAGAGAUAAAGAGCUUAAGAUACAUUUCAAACCCGGGCACGUUGAGCUUGUUCAGGAUGAUGUUUACACGCCAUACCGGCGUGUGCUUGUGACAGGUGCGACAGGGCUACUUGGGCGUGCUGUUUACAAAGAGUUCAAGAACAAUGACUGGGAUGCCUUGGGGUGUGGCUACAACCGGGCCCGGCCUUGUUUCCUGAAGUGUAAUCUACUGGAUGAAGAUGCAGUGCAAGGGGUCAUUCAGGGCUUUCAGCCUCAUGUUAUUGUGCACUGUGCUGCUGAGAGGAGGCCAGAUGUGGUGGAACGUCACACUGAAGCAGCCAUGAAUUUGAAUGUGCAUGCAUGCGCAACACUGGCCAAAGAAGCAGGUGGCAUUUUCCUCAUCUACAUCAGUACAGAUUACGUUUUUGAUGGACGUAAUCCCCCCUAUGGAGAAAAUGAUGCCCCCAAUCCUUUGAAUUUGUAUGGGAAGUCUAAGCUGGAGGGUGAGAGGGAGAUACUCAGACACUGCCCAGGUGCAGCUAUACUGCGAGUGCCCAUUCUUUAUGGAGAGGUGGAGAAGGUUGAAGAGAGCGCAGUGACAGUGUUGUGGGACAGUGUUCAGGAGGGAGCUGAGAGCAGCACCAUAGACCACUGUCAACAACGCUUCCCCACCUACACCAAUGAUGUGGCACGUGUCUGUCGGAGCAUGGCUGAGAAGGCCCUUCAGGACCCUUCAUUGCGUGGAAUAUUCCAUUACUCUGGAAAAGAGCAGAUGACCAAAUAUGAGAUGGCUUGUGCAAUAGCAGAUGCUUUCAACCUGCCUAGCAGUCAUCUUAUACCAAUGACAGAGCAGCCUGCUGGAGCAGGGGCUCAGAGGCCACAAAACGCCCAGUUAGAGUGCUCUCGUUUGGAGCUGCUUGGACUGAGCAUGGACCCCACCCCUUUCAAAACUGCCAUAAGGGACAGUCUCUGGCCCUUCCAGCAUGACAAACGAUGGAGGCAGACUGUCUUUCACUGAGGCAACAAGGAUAUCCCACAACAGGGCACACUCUUUACAUGUUCAGCAUUUAUAUUAUGUCACACUCCUGAAAUAAAAACAGGUCCAUGCUCUUUACAUGUUCAGCACCUUUGUUUUACUGUAUGAUCAAGUAUACAUUUAUUGUAGCCAAGAGGUAUGUACCAUUAUGUGUUUUGUGUGAAUUGCACUGAGGGUAACUGAAUCUGUCUUCAAGGCACGUUUGUUUCUUUCCUUAUUUGAACAUGUAUUUCUUUACUAUAACUAAACAAUUUACAUUUAAACAAAGUUGAAGACGUGAAUGUAAGAUAAAGUAACAGAAGAUAUCCUCAGUUUCUGUUCUUUCUAUUACUUGAAGAAAUGAGAAUGCACUAUAAAUAAAGUAUCAGGAAGAUAAAAUAUAGCCUCUCUUAUUUUUGAACAUUAAUAUUGAUGUAUAUAAUAAACAAGAUGAUUUAUAUAGCAAUAUUGUUAUUUGAUGAUAGAUAAGGCAACACAUUUGGAAAUAACCAUAGCAAUUAUAACAUACAUAUACUGUGUUAUCGAAGCACAGCAUCAACAUAUUAUUUGAUGAAACAAACUAAACCAGUAACCUUGCCUCAUUAUUACUGUGUUAAAGGAAUGUUCCGGGUUCAGUUCAGUUAAGCUCAAUCAACAGCAUUUGUUGCAUAAUGCUGAUUACCACAAAAAUCAAUUUGGACUUGUCCCUCCUUUAAAAAAAGAAAAAGCAAAAAUCUGGGUUACAGUGAGGCACUUACUGGAAGUCAAUGGGGCCAAUUCGUGAACGUUAAAACACUCACAAUUUUAAAAAUCUAGUUGUAAGACGUCAUGUCAAAUUGUAUGCCUUCUUUGAUAUGAAAACGUAACGCUGUAAACACUAAACCUCUAAAAUUAUAAGCUUCAAAUUUCUGCCUUCAAAUCCUCCAAAAAUUGGCCCCAUUCACUUUCAUUGCAAGUGCCACACUGUGACCUCGAUUUGUUUUUUUUGUUUUUUAAAAAGGAGGAAUGAUACAAAUUUAUUUUAUUUAUUUUAUUUAUUUAUUUAUUUAUUUUGCCACAAAUGCUGUCGAUUGAACUUAACUUGUAUUGAACCCGGAAUAUCCCUUUAACUGCAAUUGUAUAAAUGUUUCCUAUUGAAAUAAACUGAUAAAAUGAU